AUGGAGCUUCGGGAGCAGGACCGUAGAAAACAACAGGAGGAAGAAACAUAUAAGCGGGAGGAGCUGGUAAAAAUCCUGGAGGAGAAUAACCGCCAGAUGAAGAGGGAAUUUGAGCGAGCGGCCGCUAAGAAGCUGGAGAAGGUGAACAUCAGCCUGCAGUGUCACCUGCAGCGCAGCACGGAGGAGAAGGAGGAGCGCGAGAGGGAGCUCAUCCAGAUGAAGCAGCAGAUAGCCUUUCUGAUGCAACUGCAGCGGUCCCGGGCGGAUCCCGCUCAGCUAGAGAGGCCGCAGUCCCGGCUCUCUAAGAAGAAACUGGCAGAGGAGGAGCGGGUGAAAAUGGCUGAGAAAAUCCGUCAGGAGAGAGAGCGCGUCAUGCAGCAGAAACAGCAGGAGCGCCGGGAGAGGAAGAAUCAGAUCCCGAAGAGGAAGAAAGGGAAGCUUCCUGUCGACUUCACGGCCCCCUCUGAGAAAACCCUGCUGCACAAGGGGAAGCAGAUUGUUGCCGUGGGGAUAGACGUCCCAAAGGUAACCAUUUCAGACGCUGAAGCAGACAGUACAGCUGAGACAGAGAAGCUCCUGGUUGAUGAGCGUGUUAGGAAGGGGUACGAUGAGGAUCCGGUGCAGAGGCCGCUGAGGCUGGAGAAGGUCAGAGCCACUCCGCAGCACAUAGAGGAGUCCAGGAAACACCGGGCGGAGUGGAGACCCAUGGAGGACAGCAAAAUGGCCAAGGCCAGAGAGAGACGCAACCAUGCGCAUCGCACGGUGGUCCCUUGCCUUGCAGCCAUCCAACUUUGCGGUUAA